GUGCGACCUGCCUUGCUAGGAGAGUACUUGUGUCUCCGUGUACCUGGCGUUGUCCAGCGGUUAGCAGUUUCUGCGCCGUGUGGAGCGAGGGUAGGCCCCGCGUUUUUAUGCCCGGCUGCAAGAUGGACGACAGCGGGGACGGGGGAGGCCGCUCUGGGGAAGCACGUGGCGCGCUGUUCGCCUGCUCCCGGGGCUGCUGGGAUGGUGGCGGAGUCCCGAGGCCUCCCGCUGCCGUGGGGCAGGGAGGCCAGCGGAGGCGGGGCCGCGGCCGCCCCUGAGAGGCGACCAGGCGGUGGUGGCCCAUCCUCUUCUUUCCUCGCACAGCCAGGCAGCCUCUGCUCGAGACCCGCGUCGCCAUGGCCGCGGUUCCCGGGUUGCUGCAGCAGGAGGAGGAGGACCGCAGCAAGCUGAGAUCUGUGUCUGUGGACCUGAAUGUCGAUCCCUCGCUUCAGAUUGACAUACCCGAUGCGCUCAGUGAGAGAGAUAAGGUCAAAUUUACAGUGCACACAAAGACCACACUGUCCACAUUUCAGAGCCCAGAGUUUUCUGUUACGAGGCAACAUGAAGACUUUGUGUGGCUACAUGAUACCCUUAUUGAAACAACAGACUAUGCUGGACUUAUUAUUCCGCCCGCUCCUACAAAACCUGACUUUGACGGCCCUCGAGAGAAGAUGCAGAAACUGGGAGAGGGUGAAGGGUCUAUGACCAAAGAAGAAUUUGCCAAAAUGAAGCAAGAACUGGAAGCUGAAUACCUUGCGGUCUUUAAGAAGACUGUAUCCUCCCACGAAGUCUUUCUUCAGCGGCUUUCUUCUCACCCUGUUCUCAAUAAAGAUCGCAACUUUCAUGUUUUCCUGGAAUAUGAUCAAGAUCUAAGUGUUAGGCGGAAAAAUACCAAAGAGAUGUUUGGUGGCUUUUUCAAAAGUGUGGUGAAAAGUGCUGAUGAAGUCCUUUUUUCUGGAGUUAAGGAAGUAGAUGACUUUUUUGAGCAAGAGAAGAAUUUUCUUAUUAAUUAUUAUAAUAGGAUUAAGGAUUCGUGUGCAAAAGCUGACAAAAUGACCAGAUCUCAUAAAAAUGUUGCAGAUGAUUAUAUCCACACGGCAGCCUGCUUGCAUAGCCUGGCUUUAGAAGAGCCCACAGUCAUCAAAAAGUACCUUUUAAAGGUUGCUGAGCUAUUUGAGAAACUUAGGAAAGUAGAGAACCGAGUCUCAUCAGAUGAAGACUUAAAGCUGACAGAGCUCCUCCGGUACUACAUGCUCAACAUAGAGGCUGCUAAGGAUCUCUUAUACAGACGCACCAAAGCCCUCAUUGACUAUGAGAACUCAAACAAAGCUUUGGAUAAGGCCCGGUUAAAAAGCAGAGACGUCAAGUUGGCAGAGGCACACCAGCAGGAAUGCUGCCAGAAAUUUGAACAGCUUUCUGAAUCUGCAAAAGAAGAGCUGAUUAGUUUCAAACGAAAGCGAGUGGCAGCAUUUAGGAAGAAUCUGAUUGAAAUGUCUGAACUGGAAAUAAAGCAUGCCAAGAAUAAUGUCUCCCUCUUGCAAAGCUGCAUUGACUUGUUCAAGAACAACUGAUCUGCCUUUAUUCUGAGUGAAGUAAA